CACUAUACACCUUACUUUACGUCUAAAACAAGAAAACGUCGUGUUCUUGAUAUAGACCAAUCUCAGAUACGAAGUGUCCGAACCCUUAAGCAAAAUGCACCAAACGCAUGAAGAAUCAAGUUUUACUUAUCUUUACGGAACAUAAACUAUAAACCUUGAAAACCCAAAUUUUCUUGUUUCUGGUUACAACAAAAGAGAAGAAACAACUACACGAAAAAUGUCUAAUGAAAACUCCGUAAUGUCAUUGCUAGAUCGUAUCUCCGCUCACCUCUGUCUUCAAGACGUAUCAAUUGCAUUAUUAGGUCUAUUUCUUUUCAGUUGCCUGCGAGCCAAGCUAACCAACAAAGGCGGUCCGAUACAAUGGCCAGUCUUUGGAAUCACCCCCGAGUUCUUCCUCCAAGCUCACGACGUAUACGGAUGGGUCACAAGGUGUUUAACCAACAGCCAAGGAACGUUUCCUUACCAAGGAAUCUGGUUCAGUGGAUCUUACGGAGCCAUGACAAGCGUCCCGGCAAACAUCGAGUACAUGCUCAAAACCAACUUCAAGAACUAUCCUAAAGGAGAGUUUUACAAAGAGAGGUUCCGAGAUUUGCUUGAAGAAGGUAUCUUCAACGCUGAUGAUGAGUCUUGGAAAGAGCAGAGACGUAUCAUCAUUACCGAGAUGCAUUCGACACGAUUCGUAGACCAUUCGUUCCACACAACGAGGGAGUUGAUACAGAUGAAGCUCUUCAAAGUGAUGGAGAGCUUCUCAAAGUCUCAAAAAGCAUUUGAUCUUCAAGAGAUUCUUUUGAGGUUGACGUUUGAUAAUAUCUGUAUCGCGGGUCUCGGCAAUGAUCCUGGUACUCUGGACGUUGAUCUUCCUCAAGUUCCAUUCGCUAAGGCCUUUGAAGAAGCAACGGAGAGUACUAUGUUUAGGUUCAUGAUUCCACCGUUUUUGUGGAAGCCUAUGAAGUUUUUUGACUUAGGGUAUGAGAAAGGGCUGAGGAAAGCUGUUGAGACGGUUCAUGGGUUUAUAGACAAGAUGGUCGUUGACAGAAUCAAGAUGCUUAAAGAUGAAGGAACGUUAGAGAGAAACAAAUCAGAUGUCCUCUCGAGGCUAAUCCUUAUCGAAAGUCACAAAAGAGGCAAUGACAAUGAUCGGUUCACCGUCAAGUUUUUCAGACAGUUCUGCACAAGUUUCAUCUUAGCGGGACGUGACACGAGUUCCGUCGGGCUUAGCUGGUUCUUCUGGUUGAUAACAAAACAUCCAGAAGUCGAAAACAAGAUCCUCCAAGAAAUAACAGAAAUUUUGAGCCAACGAGAGAAGAUGAGAUCAGUUGAUGAGAGUUGUUGUCGUCACUUCACAGUCAAAGAGCUAAACGACAUGGUUUAUCUACAAGCGGCACUGUCUGAAUCUCUCAGACUCUAUCCACCGAUACCAAUGGAAAUGAAACAAGCAACAGAAGAAGAUGUGUUUCCAGAUGGGACUUUCUUGGAGAAGGGUUCAAGGGUUUACUUCUCCAUCUAUGCUAUGGGAAGGAUGAAAUCAAUUUGGGGUGAAGACUGUGAAAUGUACAAACCGGAGAGAUGGAUACAAGGAGGACAAUACGUGAGUGAUGAUCAGUUUAAGUAUGUUGUGUUCAAUGGCGGUCCAAGGCUUUGUUUAGGGAAAACAUUUGCGUACUUGCAGAUGAAAAUGGUGGCUGCUUCCAUCUUGUUGAAUUACUCGAUCAAGGUUGAUCAAGGUCAUCUUGUUGAGCCUCGAGUUACAACCACUUUGUAUAUGAAACAUGGUCUUAAUGUUAGGAUCAUGAAGAGGUCUUUAGAGGAAAAGAAGCAAGAUUCAUAAGUAAAUAAGAAGAUCGAAACAAGCUAUAAACGGGGCCAUGAAUUGGAGCUUGUUACUAAAAUAUUUGUUUAUAUUAUAUAUGGGCUAAUGUAAGAUCAUCACCCUUUGUUCUAUCUCAAAGUAGAUUUAGCCACUUAUAUAAUCUUUCUUAGUAAAAUGUACAUUGUGUGUAUUAUAUUCCGUGUAAGGCAGAUUAAAAUGUUAUACAAAGCAAACAUUGCAAUCAAAA